AUGUCGCUGCUCACUGACAAAGACUUUGUGGAAGGUUUACCCAGCGCAUUGGACCUGUUUUUAAUGCCCCCAUACCAAACAAGCGUAUUUCAGCAUUACUACGUGGACGUCAGACCCGUCAGCCAGAUUACAGAUUCGUCACCAGUAGAAUUUCAAAUUUCAAACAGUGGAAGCGACUACGUGGAUUUGAAACGAAGUCGUUUACAUGUUAAACUGAAAGUGAGUCACUCAGACGGAACGGUUCUGGGUAAAGAUGAACAUGUGUCUCCAGUAAAUCUAUUCAUGCAAGCCCUGUGGUCACAGGCCGCUGUGUACUUACAAGGUCAACUAGUGAGUUCCGCGAACAGUCACUAUCCCUACAAAGCAUAUAUUCAAACCUUACUGAAUUAUGGAGCAGAGGCUAAAGAAACUCAACUCCAGUCUCAGCUGUUUUACAAGGACAUCGGAGAAACACAAGCAGACAUCGAAAGUACCAAUCCCAUUACUCGAACUAAUUCUGGACUAUCUUCUCGAGGAACGUUCAUCGCCGACAGCAAAACGGUUACUAUGGAAGGAGCCCUGUGUGAAGAUAUUUUUAACAUGGGUAGAUAUCUGGUGAAUGGUGUGGAUAUGACAGUUAAGUUAUUUCGGAGCUCCAGCCCCUUUUGUCUGAUGUCUGGGAAGUCGCGUCAGCAGUACAAGAUCGACUUGCAAGAUAUUUACUUCAAGAUAUGUAAACUGAAAAUUAACAGUGCACUUAUUUUAACGCACAACAAGCUGUUUGAAAACUCCAACUCCUUGUACCCCUUCACUAAAACAGAAGUUAAAAUGAGCAGCAUCCCCUCUUCUCAACAGAGCUAUGUGUGGGACAGCGUGUUCCAGUCGCAGUGCCCAAACAGACUGAUUGUUGGGUUUGUCAACGGUGACGGAGUGAGCGGAUCCUAUACAAAGAAUCCGUUUAACUUCCAGAGUUCAUUCGUGAAGACGGUGGCAUUGUAUCUCGAUGGUGUCAGUGUGCCUGGUAGACCCGUUGAAGCAGACGACGUCAGUGCUUACGUGAAUUUGUUCGAGGGUGUCGGCAGAUGGGGGCAAGACGGUGGAAAUUACAUUGAAAGAGUCGAAUUUGCACUUGGAAGUGGAUUGUUUGUGUUCAACCUCGACCCCGUUUUUCUUGACUCUGAUUAUUUAAGUUUAUUAAAGAAUGGAAAUUUAAGUGAAAUUAUACAAGAUGUCAUAGCUAUGAGUCAUGAACAGAUGUUAGCGGUGGUCGCCAUAGCAAAGCGUCUGCUCGACAAUCACAUACCUGUAACGAGGAGUGAACAGCGAAGCAAGACAGUUCACAAGAAACAUAAACUGGAACUGUUAAAAUCACAUCAGUUUAUUAUACCCGCCUGUAUUCUGGCUUUGCUUGCUUACUUAGGGGACGAGAACGAAACUACAUACGACGAGCAGACCGAUGAUUCUCUUAUCGAGGGAAACUUAUCAGAGACUUUUGAAGAAUCAGGUGGGGAAUGA